AUUAUAUCAUUGUUGCUAUUACUCUUUUUGCCGACGCAGCCAGGGCCGCCAGGGCCGCAAGACAACCGGCGCGCGGCCCGCCCUUCGGGCGGGCCGGGGAUGCGCGGUGCUCCGGGCCUCUCUCUUUGAGCACGGCACCUCGAGGCCAGCUGCGGCGCGGCGCCUCGGAGGCACGGGCCCAGAAGCUCAAGGGCACGCCGGCGGCGAGCAGCUGCCCGGCGGCGUGGCCGGGUGCGCCCCGCCGCGAGCUCCCCGACCAGCAUCUCCAUCAGCGGGGGCCAGGGGGCGCGGUGAACCAAGGUGGUGAACGCCCUCGCUCUCCUUCGACCGGCAUUGCGGCCCUGUCACCGCACGCUGGCGAGCACAGAUGGCGAGCUUGGACCCCUGAAGACCUCGCUGGGGAGGUGUUCCUCCUCUGGUGGGAGGUGGAGCGAACAUCUCAUCGGGGAAAC